GCAACUGUUUAACUGGUCGAAUCUUUUUUAUUUGAUCUCUAUUUUCCACUCUUUUUUUGCCCUCAAAGCUAAAAAAGGGUAUGGAUUCGGCGACGCAGCGGUCGAUCGAAGAGGCAGUGCUUGACAUUCUCAGGAAUGCUAAUAUGGAGGAGAUGACCGAGUACAAGGUUCGCACUUUCGCAGCAGAUCGGCUUGGAAUCGACCUCUCAAGCCCCGACCGCAAGCGCUUUGUCCGGAACGUAGUCGAGUCCUUCCUCGCAUCCCACAAGGAGGACGACGCAGUUGCCUCCGAGGCCGCCGACGCCCCGGAAGAAGAGCAUCAGAAAGUGGAGGUUGCGGCGGCGGAGGAGGAGGAUGAGGCAGAAGAAGAGGAGGACGACCACAGAAAGAGACGCGGGCCGAGGGAGUAUGAUGAAGAAGGCGAUCUCAUUGUGUGCAGAUUGUCGAAUAAGAGGAGGGUUACGGUUCAGGAUUUCAGAGGUAAGACGCUGGUGUCGAUCAGGGAGUACUAUGAGAAGGAAGGCAAGCAACUGCCGACCUCUAAAG